AUGGACAACAUCAAAGAAGGCUGGUUCACCGAGACGUGCACGCUGUGGCCGGGACAAGCCAUGAGCCUGCAGGUGGAAGAGGUCCUGUACAACACGAAGUCCGCGUUUCAAGACGUGUUGGUGUUUAAGAGUAAAACAUACGGAAAUGUCUUGGUGUUGGACGGGGUGAUUCAAUGCACAGAAAGAGAUGAGUUUGCAUAUCAAGAAAUGAUCGCAAACCUUGCUGUCUGCAGUCACCCAAAUCCUGAGAAGGUGCUUAUCAUUGGUGGAGGAGAUGGUGGAGUGCUCAGAGAAGUGGUCAAACAUCCACAAGUUCAAAAAGUUGUUCAGUGUGAGAUCGAUGAGGAUGUUAUCAAUGCUUCCAAAAAAUACCUCCCAGGAAUGGCCAAAGGGUUUUUCAGUCCAAAGCUGACUCUCCAUGUGGGUGAUGGUUUUGAAUUCAUGAAACAAAAUCAGGAUGCAUUUGACAUUAUUAUAACGGACUCUUCAGAUCCAGUUGGCCCCGCGGAGAGUCUUUUCAAAGAAUCAUACUAUCAGCUGAUGAAGACCGCCUUAAGAACAAAUGGCAUUCUUUGCUGCCAGGGAGAGUGCCAGUGGCUCCAUUUGCAGCUGAUAAAGGACAUGCAAACUUUCUGCAAGUCUUUAUUUCCAGUGGUGGACUAUGCCUACUGCACUAUCCCCACUUACCCCAGUGGGCAAAUUGGAUUCAUGUGCUGCAGUAAAAAUCCUGAAACAAAUUUCCGUGUGCCAGAGAAAGUGCUGUCCAAAGAGGAUAUUGAAAGUAUGAAUCUUAAAUAUUACAAUCCAGAAAUUCACAAAGCUUCAUUUGUCUUGCCGGAGUUUGCAAGAAAGGUUUUGAGUGAUGCGUGA